UUGCUGGGCUGUGUUGGACCUCGUUCGAUCGUUGCAGCCCAAGGAAACUCCACAGCCAUUGUGUUGAAAGAGCCCAAGACGUUCGGAUAGUGUAACAAGACCGGACAGCCGGAGAUAGUUUUUCCUUUUUUUACAAUUUGUGAUAUUGUACACUGUGCCAACGAGUUCAUCCUGACCGUUAUUGAUACAAAGCUGAGACAAAGAAGUUAACAUGGAGGACGAUCAGCAGUUCUGCCUUAGGUGGAACAAUCACCAAACGACGUUAAUUCAAAAUUUUGAUACAUUGCUGGAAAGCGGUACCUUGGUCGACUGCACCUUGGCAGCGGAGGGGAAAUACCUUAAGGCCCACAAAGUUGUCCUCUCCGCGUGUAGUCCAUACUUUGAGGGUCUUCUUAGUGAGCACUAUGACAAACAUCCCGUUUUCAUCCUCAAAGAUGUUAAGUUUAAAGAACUUAAAGCCAUGAUGGACUACAUGUACAGAGGAGAGGUGAACAUCUCUCAGGACCAAUUGGCAGCUCUUUUAAAAGCCGCCGAGUCGUUACAAAUCAAAGGGCUCUCGGAAAGUAAAACCGGCAGCAGUGGUAGUACAAGUAGCAGUAAGGCAGAAACAAGAUCACAAAAGACUGCACAACCCUCAGCCCCCUCGUUGGACAUUCCUCACUCGUCUUCCGGCCUCACAAUUGAAAAAAACAACAAAGUUCCUCGUCAAAGUCUCGCCCAGACCUCUGUUGGCGAUUUACCCGAAGAUUCCGCAAGUCCCUCUUUAUCAAAAGGCAUUUCCUCCAGGGAAGGCUCAGUAAGUCCAAACGGACGAAAACGUAAAAGAUACAGGCGAAGAAGUCUAAACGAUGACAACCCAAUUGACAACCACGAAACCUCAAACUCGAGCGACAUGUCUCAUCAAACUAUGAACGUGCCUGCUCUUGGUGUUGCCCCGGUAGCCGAUGAGAAAUCAAUGUCUGACCCAUCUGACUCUCUUGGCAGAUCCGCACUUAUGCAACAACUGACUAAACCCGCUGACGAUAUGCUACCGAUGCCUGUUGAAAAACCUGAGCCUAAUGACACACUGAUUGAGCCAAAGUCUGAGUACCUGGAUGAAGCUGAGGACAGUGUUGAAGACUUGACACUUGAUGACGAAGGAAUGGAUGACACUAUGGAUGAUGGAAACAGAGCUGGACCCUCUCACGACCCCUCCCACCCUGGCCUUGGAUCGUGGCAUGUAACUGGCGACCGAAGUAACGCGGGAGGCGUUGUCGGAUCUGUAGUUGCUGGAGCACCUGGUUCUAAUGAUGAAGUUUUCAUGCAGGCCCAGGAAGCUGCACAGGCUCACCGCGACUCUCAAGAUUACAAGCCGGACGUUUCAAUUUUCCGGGUGAAGAGGGAGCCAGAGGAUAUUUUAUCGACGAUUAAAAUCGAAGCGGUCCAGUACGCGUGUCCUAACCCCAAUUGCAACCGCGUUUUUGACAAAUGGAAGGCCCGAAAUACGCAUUUUUCACGGCACUGCAUUCACCGUCCUAAAACGCCCAAGACACAACUGAUCAACCAUUACCACGCUAAUAAUUACAAUCACGUUCCUGAAUUCAAUAACUACAAUCAGUUCCUGGAACCGGAUUGCGAUGAUAAGUCUAAAAUAAAGCGACUAAAGCCGAAGAAAAGAAUUUUGAAGAAAAAAAAGAAGGGAAAUUCCGUCUCAAUUGCUACUGGGCUGAAUGUGAGGAAGUGCGUGGAGAUUCACAAUAAAAAGCGGGAAGAAAUUAUGAAAAAACGCGAGGAAAUUAAUCGGAAAAGGCAGCUUACUAUCCAGAAGAACGCAAUUAUUAAAUCGGAAACUCAAUUUUUGGUUAAUGGAGAUAAUAAUCAAGGGGAGCUUAUUUCCGAUGAUCUGCUCGAAAGAGAAGAAACUUGCAUCAGAAUUGGAGAGGUUAAGUACGCCUGCUCGAACGAGAAUUGCGACCGCGUGUUCUCGAACAAUGAAGCUAGGUACAUUCAUACUAAGUACCACUGCGGAAAACCGCCAAGGUUCAAGUGCUCACAGUGCAACUACAAGUCUGUCAAGAAGCAGAAUAUUCAAGCUCAUGCCAAGCGCCUGCAUCUUGAUGAUGACGCGAGGGUUAUUGAGCUCUACAACGCUUCUACUUCAGGUUUCGACGGAAAUGACGCCUUUGAAACUUUUAUGGAGAUAAUCCCAAAAAUCGAGCCCGACACAAUGGACCUGAAGCCGCAGCAAUUCGAUGUGAAGCCGCGGAUCCGCGUAAAAUCGAACAUCGAGAUAAAAUCGGAGAUAAAUAUAUCGACGGUGUCCGGGGUGGGAAUUUUCACCUGCCCAAAUCUGAACUGCGGGCGCACUUUUAAGAACAUCGCUUCCCGCAAUCGGCAUCUCAAGAAGAUCUGCGCGCAGACUCCGAAUUUUAAGUGCUCCCGUUGCGAUUUCAAGGCGCUGCUGAAGGAAACUGUGGAAGAUCAUGGGAGAAAGAUGCAUCGCAGGUGCAAAACUUCGGUCGUGGAACUUCUCAAGCCCGUCGCCGGGGAACUCAUCUGCCCGAAUGAAAAUUGCCAGAAGGUUUACGCUAGCAGAAAGCGGCUGGAACAUCAUGUCAAGUACGAUUGCAAGAAGCUUCUGCCCAGAUUCAAGUGCUACUACUGCCAGUAUAAAGCUUUCUUUAAGAGUCAGGUCAAGAAACAUGUCAUUCGUAAUCAUCCUAGCAUGGAAUGUCGGCUCAUUAAUUUGAUUUCUGAUGAUUAAGUCUCAGUUACGGCUCAUCUGUCGUCUUGUCUUUAUAUAUCCGACGAUAUAUAGUGCGUUAAUAAUGCCUGAAGUGGGUAAAAUUUUUUUUUUUUUUUUUUAUUA